ACGCAUCUGUUAGGACUAAUCCUGGAAACCCUCAAUAAUUUAGUGUGAAUACAGCUUUCUCUCUCCAUCUCUCACUUUUUGCAUAGCCUGCCAACCCAACACCAUUGAAGCAGUUGAUGAAGUUGACCAGCCCAAUGUCAAAAGACAGGAGAUUGAUCCAACAGCCUCACAUAUAUUCCAAACCUGUCUAGAUAGAUAGACAGAUACAACCAAAAGGAAAUGGUACCACUUCUCCUUCCAAUCAAGCAAUGAAAGACUCCUUUGUAAGAAAGUUUCAACCCACACAAAGACAGACUUCCCAGCACCAACAAGACUAUAACACCAGACUUUUCUCUCCUUUGUCUAAUAACCCACAAGCCUUAAUCCUCUCUCUAUAUUUUCCAUAUUCACCAAUUCAAGACAAGUCUUGGCGCAACGAUCCUGCAGUGACGGAAGCCUUCUUUUUUUUUCUUUUUUUUUUUAUCAAUUCUUGUGGAAUAAAGAUACCAUCUGUAUCACCAUGGACAAAAACCAUUAUGUGUUCACACUAAACCUCUCUGUGAUCAUAGCCCUCGGAGUCAUCUCCUUCGUAUUGUGCAUUGCCUCCGAGUUCAAGAGGACAAAGAGGAGGGAUCUCAAAUUGGACGGUAAGUUGUGUUAUUUGCCGGGAAGUCCUGCUUUUGGGCUUGGAAUUGCAGCUUUGAUCUGUCUGUUGUCGGCUCAGGUCAUCGGAAACUUCAUCAUCUGUAGAAAUUACUGUUUGAGAGAGAAGAGAACCAGUUUCAGGGCUAAAAAACCAACGGUUGCUACCACUUUUCUGGUCCUAUCAUGGAUCAGUUGCGGAUUUGCAAUUAUAUUAUUAAGCGCGGCCACAAGUAUAAAUAGAAUACAGCACUUCGGAGAUGGAUGGGUAGAUGGCGAGUGCUACAUAGUAAAAGAUGGAGUGUAUGUUGGGGCAUCAAUUCUAGUUUUGGUCACAGUGGGCUCAACACUUGCUUCAACCAUCAUAACAAUCAAGAAGGAACGAGUUGAGCAAGGCCUAAAGGCUCAUGGGCAAGUUCGAUGAAGAAAUUGGGGCUAAACAAAAGAGAACAAGACAAUUAUCAUAUAACAGCAAUAUUAGAAACUCAAAAAAAGCGUUGUAUAUACAAGAAUUGAAUCUGAAGCACAUUUCAAUUUUCAGGACAAAUUUUCUAAGUUCCCAUCUUUUCUGAUCAAAGUUGGGGAGUGAUGUGGGCAGAAGGAAGGGAAGGACCUCCACCAUGCAUCAACUACACCAAAUGGAGGAAAAAGAAGACCUCAGCCCAACAAAAAUCUACAAGGUUUGCUCAGAAGUUCAAAUAAUUAUUUUGUAUUUCAUAUUCAAGACAUACAGAGAAAAUAAGUUUUUCCGUACAUGGUGGGUUAGCCUCACUUGGACUUGUGGUACAUACCUAUGUCAAUAGUCAAAACAAAGAAUUUUAAACAACCAAACAAGAAAAAAUAAAUGAAGAUGUUUCUUUUCAUA